AUGAAGUUAUUCAACGGUGGUAACAAGCCUAAGAUGAACUUCAAGCUCUCGACGAGUAUGCCUUCUUUUUAUUCCAUGGGAUACGCGUUUGUCGGUCUCUGCGCGUCUCUCUGCGCAUUAGUCGCCAUGUGCUAUGAGACAGAUGAGUUCGGCAACGAGGGCCCAUUUUCCCCUGGCCAAACAUCCGGAGAGGCAUGGCCCAACGUCUUCCUCAAUUUCGCUAUCGUGUUGGCCUACUUCCUCAGUGACUACAUGGGCACUCUCCACCUCUACAGAAUUCAGCUGUCUAUAUUCAACGCUGCUUCAUUUGCCCUUGCCGUUGUUACCGUCAACCGCAAGAUAUACGAGCGCGAAUCAUCCGCUGAGGCGGUAGGCGCCGCGUUCCUUAUCUUGGCGAUAUUGAAUGUACUCUCCAUCCUGCACCUUACAAGCGAGCCAAACACACCAGUCGCGGGCGUAUUCAGAAUGUGCACUGCUCCUACUUUCGGCAGCUUAUCCAGUGGCGGUGGUGGCGGAAUAAGCUCACACCCCCAAGCCAUGCGCAACACGUCCACCUCGAACCCCUUCUCGAACCUCAAUAAGCUGAAUCGUCAGGACUCUACAUCGUACGACAGCAACUCUCAUUCAGGAUUCUGGAGCAACCGCAACACAAACACACAGCAGCCAGUGAUGCAACAGCAACAGCCACCACAACAACACACACAACCACCACAGCCAAUGAUGCAACCACCAGCAGCAGUAGCACCAAUCCAACACACAGCCAGCCCAGGCGCACCUACAUCCCACUACGGUUCUGCACACGGUAGCUUGGGCAAUAGAACCGCAAAUACACCAAGCGACGGCUUGCACCAUUCGAAUGUCUCAAGCGCCCCAGGUAGUGGAAGCGGUAGCGGUACAACUGGCGCACAUAUCCCAGAUCACGAAUUGGCACAGGCGAGAUGUUUAUACGCUUACUCGGCUAGUCCUGACGACCCUAAUGAGAUAUCGUUCACUAAGGGCGAAACGCUCCUCGUUGUGGAUAACUCUGGCAAGUGGUGGAGAGUUCGCAAACCGAAUGGUAUGGGUGAGGGUAUUGCGCCUUCCAAUUACCUGAAUAUGGUUUAG